UAUGGCUGAAGAGUACGAUGAAGAAUUUGGAGAGGUGCAAUAUUAUAAAAAAUAGGUAGCUUGGAUUAGUGAUUGGUGAUUUAAACAUCCCAUCAAGGGCUUCUGAUUUACCUCCUCAAUUUAAGGAUCUUUUAGUUCCUAAUAAAGUCUAAUAUGUAUUUUGCACAGGAAAUGUUGGGAAUAGAGAAACUACAGAUUGGUUGAAGACAUUAUCUGGAAAUACUCAUUUUGUAAAAGGUGAUUUCGAUGAAGCAAAAGAUAUUCCUGAAACAAAAAUCAUAUAGAUUGGCUCAUGGAAAUUGGCUUUAGUACAUGGUCAUCAAGUAAAAAUGAAAAUUAAUAUAAUAGAUAGUUCCUGCUGGAGAUGAUGAGUCUUUAUAUGCAUUUUUGAAAGAGAUGGAAGCUGAUGUGCUCAUUACAGGUUAUACAGGUGUUGCUAAAGUAUCAGCUGUAGAGAAAAAAUAUAUUAUUAAUCCUGGAUCUGUUACUGGAGGUUUUAAUGGAUAAUAAACGUAAUUGUAAUUGAUUAUUUAGAUCUAUUCCAUCCUUCUUAAUAUUGGAAUUUAAAAAGGAAAAAAUUUAAGUUUUUAUCUACACUCUAGAUGGAGAAGUUAAAAUAGAUAAACAAGAAUUGCCAUUAUAGAAAUGAA